AUGUCUGCCACUAUCGCCAGCCUGCGCGAGAGCCUCUGCUCCGAGACGACCCCACUGCCCAUCCGGUUCCGCGCCCUCUUCUCGCUCAAGCACCUUGCCGUGCAGAACAAGGGCACGGACGAGUCGCUUUCGGCCAUCGAGGCCAUCGCCGCCGCCUUUUCUUCCCCCUCGGCCCUCCUCAAGCACGAGCUGGCCUACUGCCUCGGACAGACUGGCAACGAUGCGGCCAUCCCCCACCUCACGCAGGUGCUCGAGGACCUGCAGGAGGACGCCAUGUGCAGACACGAGGCCGCCGAGGCGCUGGGCGCGCUGGGCAACGCCGAGAGCUUGAGCGUGCUCCAGAAGUACCUCAACCGCGAGGGAGAGGACGUUUCCGUCAAGGAGACGUGCGAGAUCGCUAUUGACAGGAUAGAGUGGGAGAACUCGGAGCAGAGGAGGCAGGAGAAGCUGCGCCAAAGUGACUUUGCCUCCGUUGAUCCCGCCCCUCCCAUGCCCGAAGACGACGAGAAGCAAACGGUCGAGACGCUCGAGAAGAAACUACUAGACACAUCGCUCCCCCUCUUCAAGAGAUACCGCGCCAUGUUCGCCCUCCGCGACCUGGCCUCUCCUCCCGACCUGCCCACUGCCGUUCCCGCCGUCCUGGCCCUUGCCAAGGGUCUCAAGGAUAAGUCCGCCCUGUUCCGCCACGAGAUCGCCUUUGUGUUCGGACAGCUUUCGCAUCCCGCUUCCAUCCCUGCCCUGACCGAGGCCCUCGGCAACCUCGACGAGGUCAGCAUGGUCCGCCACGAGGCGGCCGAGGCUCUUGGCAGUCUUGGUGAUGAGGAGGGUGUCGAGGAGACGUUGCUGAAGUUCCUCCACGACAAGGAGAAGGUCGUUCGCGAGAGUGUUAUUGUUGCGCUGGAUAUGGCCGAGUUUGAGCAGAGCGGCCAGGCUGAGUACGCGUUGAUACCCGAGGUUGCUAGCAAGGCGUCGUAAAGAUGGAGUUUCUCUUGUUGUUUCGUUGGUUGCUUGUUUCUUUUCGGGGCGAAUCAUGGAUGGAUGGGUAUUUCAAAAAGUUUCUGUUUCUCUCUCAGGAUAAUACCAAUGCGACUGGUCGUCGGUCCUGACAAAAAGAAGGGGUAUCGUUGUUGUAGUUGUAACAAGGCAAAGC